AGGCACUAAUUACAGAUUGGAGCCCCAGGCAGCGACAACUAGAAGCUGUGUGUGCGUCCGUGGAACCUACAAACACAAACUUAUCCAACUUUCUCAAACUUGGCUUGAACUCCCGGACACAUACUCGUUGGAACCUUGAACACACUCCUUCCCAGUGUGUGUUGGUCUUCCAGUAAUCAUGGCUCAGUCUGAACCUAAUGGCCUCAGCCCGGACCUCUCCAAUGAAGCCAUCAUCCACAGCCCUAUAGGAACCUGUACCGACCCGGACAGACAGAGGCAACGAGAUGAAGAGGAGGAGGAGGAUGUAGAACUAGCAGAGGAGGUGUUAGAACUGGGGGAGGAGGUGGGCGAGGACAUGGAGGACAUUGGAAUGGCAGGUGAGGGGGAAGGUGCAGCUGAUCAUUUCGAAGUGACGAUGCAAGCUAGCGGGAGCGGAGGAAAGGAGGGAGAGGAGGGGGAGAGGGGGAUUGAAGAGGAGGUUGGUUUACAGGAAAAGAGAGAGGGAGAUAAAGGGGAGGGGGAGCGGACCGUGCCAGUUGUUGUAAUUGAAGAGGAGCAGGAGAAAUCUGUAGAGGCUGUUGAAGAAGAGAAGUCCGCUGAGAGAGAGGAGUCAGCAGGGGCGGACAAAGAGAGAGAAAUAGAGGAGAGAGAACCUCCUCUCCCCCCACCAUCACCUAGUUUACCUGAAACUGAGUCCAUUAAUGAUGAGGUAGAGAGGAAAGACGAGGAGACAUCUCCAGAGGCAGAAAAGGCACAAAUCGUUUUGCCUGUUGAUGAGACAGAGAAGACAGAGGACGAUGUCGGUUUGAUGACAACAGAACCGCCAGUCCUGUCUACUAAUGAUGAGGUGGCGAGUAAAGAAGAGCUGUGUACAGAGAGUCGAAAGCCAGAAACCACAUCCACUACAGAUGAGUUAGCGAAGGGAGAGCAGAGUGGCGGUCAGGACGCAGAGAUGCCCAUCAGCCAGGAGACUAAUGAUGAUGGCAUGGCGAGAGUGAGUGAUGAAAGCAGGAGUCAAGUGACUGACGACUGUCAAACUGUGUCCACUAGUGAUGAGGUCAGAGAGACACGGCAGGAGGAAGGACAGGAAGAGGAGCCUAAACAUCAGUCAGCCAAUGACAAUGAAGGAGAGAGCGAGGAAAGUAACAAUAAAUUGGCAAAAAAUCGACAGGUUUCACAAGAAGAGAGGGAUGAGAACCAGCAGGGAAGUGAGAAGAGUACAGAGAAAAAAGAGGAGGAGGUUAAAAGCCCUAUUACAGAGGAACAGGGAGAGACAACUAAAGCAGUUUUAGAGAAAAAAGAGGAGGGGCAUCAAGCGACAGAGCACCAGCCCCCGUUGUUCGUUACCAAGAAGUUCAUAGAGCUUGGAGUCGUCAAGAGUCAGGCAACCACGGCUCAACAGCCACAGGAGGUUGUCACUCCACCUGUUGAGGUAGAGGGAGGGAGCAAGAGCAAGGCACAGCCACUGAUUCAGCCCAAUGAGAGUCAGGAGGGUGAGAACGGCGCUAAAGAGGAGGGAGGUUUACAACAGACAGAACAGCAGCUACAGGUGGAAGAGGGUGACAGUGAUAGGGCAGUGGAGGGAGGUGGUGGGGAGAGGGAAGAGCCACAACAGGUCGGGGAUAAUGCGGUGGUGGGGAUGGACACAGGAGGCAGCAAAGUAGAGGUGGAGCAAAAGAAGGAGGAUAAUGUAGACAUAGCAGAGGAAGAGAGAAGAGGUGGCGGUAUGGAGGAACAGACGGAAAAGGCUUUGGAGCCUGAUAAUGCUGCCAGAGAAGAAGGGGAAAAGAAAGAAGGCAAAGUUGUAGCUCAGCCACAGGUACAGAUACUCAAGGGUUCAGCAGGAGCUACACAGGAGGACGACGACAAGGAUUUAGAGCAUGUCGAGGAGGCUUUCGAGCUUGAGGAGGGAGGAGACAUGGAGAAAGAACAGCCAGGAGAGGUCAUUCUGGAUGAGCCCGGAGCUGCAGAGGUGGGAGGGGCUGAAGAGAUGGAUAAUCCGGUCCCGGUCUCAGAGAUAGGGACGGGAGGAGCAGAGGGAGGGGGUGAGUUGGAGGAACUGCCAGUGACAAACAUUAACGAUAAUCUAGACUCACAAUCAGAGGGAGCGAUUGAGAUGGCGGAAGAGCCAGAAGAUCUCAUUGAGGAUGAGUCUAAAUCUGCAUUAGAGGGAGGCAGCAAGAGAGUAGAACAGCCAGUGCCUGCCACUAAGGAUGAGCCAGUAAAGUUUGGGAAGGAAUACACAGCGAAGGAAAGAAGGAAAGAGAAGAAAGAAGAGGUGGAGCUAGGGGUCAAAGGUCGUAAAGCCAGGAUAGAGAAUGGGUUCCCUGGAACAGAGGAGGUGAAACGACAAUUGCUGAAUGAGAUGCUGCUAUCUCCCACAAGGCUGAGACAAGGAGAAAUGAAAGAGGAGGCAACAGUAAAAAGAGAUAGGGUGACACCCCGCAGAGGGAGCAACGACUGGAUCAAGAAGGGGGCCCCAGAGGAGGUGCAGACCCGCAGAGGGAGCAACGACUGGAUCAAGAAGGGGGCCCCAGAGGAGGUGCAGACCCGCAGAGGGAGCAACGACUGGAUCAAGAAGGGGGCCCCAGAGGAGGUGCAGACCCGCAGAGGGAGCAACGACUGGAACAAGAAGGGGGCCCCAGAGGAGGUGCAGACCCGCAGAGGGAGCAACGACUGGAACAAGAAGGGGGCCCCAGAGGAGGUGCAGACCCGCAGAGGGAGCAAUGACUGGAACAAGAAGGGGGCCCCAGAGGAGGUGCAGACCCGCAGAGGGAGCAAUGACUGGAACAAGAAAGCGGCCCCAAAGGAGGCGCAGACCCGCAGAGGGAGCAACGACUGGAACAAGAAGGGGGCCCCAGAGGAGACGCAGACCCGCAGAGGGAGCAACGACUGGAACAAGAAGGGGGCCCCAGAGGAGGCACAGACCCCCUGGAGGAGGGAGGACUGGGCCAAGAAAGCGGCCCCAGAGGAGGUGCAGACCCGCAGAAGGAGCGAUGACUGGAUCAAGAAGGCCCCAGAGGAGGCGCAGACCCCUGGGUGGAGGGAGGACUGGAUUAAGAAGUUGUCCCCAGAGGAGGCGCAGACCCCUGAGCGGAAGGAGGACGGGAUUAAGAAGUUGUCCCCAGAGGAAGCGCAGACCCCCGGGAGGAGGGAGGACUGGAUAAAGGAGCUGAAGUCGGUGCUCAAAGAGGAGGUACUUUCCCCGAAGAGGAGAGAGGAGCCAGUGAAGAAAAAGAAGAAGAAGGUGGUGGUCAUGGACGAGGUGCCCACGUUCAUGCACCAGAGGACAGAGGUGAAGAUAGAGGUGAAGAAAGAGAAGGAGGCGCAGGGGGAGGAGAAGUCUGUGAGGCUGCAGAGCCCAACUCCUCACGGGGAAGACAGGGACAGUCCAGACCCCCAGGAGUACGAGAUCUCCCUCUAUGUCAAGGCUGGCAGUGAUGGUGAGAGCAUCGGGAACUGUCCGUUCUCCCAGCGCCUCUUCAUGAUCCUGUGGCUGAAGGGAGUUAUUUUCAACGUCACCACAGUCGACCUCAAAAGGAAACCAGCGGACCUGCAGGACCUGGCCCCGGGGACCAACCCUCCGUUCGUCACGUUUAACGGGGAGGUGAAGGUCGACGUCAACAAGAUAGAAGAGUUCCUUGAGGAAAAACUCACGCCACCACGGUACCCCAAGUUGGCGACUAAACACCCAGAGUCAAACACCGCAGGUAUAGAUGUGUUCUCCAAGUUCUCUGCCUACAUCAAGAACCCCCGCAAAGAUACCAACGAUGGCCUGGAGAAGGCCCUGUUGAAGUCUCUGAGGCGGCUGGAUGAAUUCCUGAGGACCCCCCUGCCGGAAGAGAUCAAUGCCAACAGCACAGAAGACCCUCAGGAGUCCACACGCUGCUUCCUGGAUGGACCUGACCUCACACUGGCAGACUGCAACCUGCUGCCCAAACUACACAUUAUAAAGGUGGUGGCCAGGAAGUACCGUGGCUUUGAGAUCCCGGUGGAGAUGGCGGGGGUGUGGCGCUAUCUGAACCACGCCUACAAGAGGGAAGAGUUUACUAACACCUGUCCUGUUGAGCGCGAAAUCGAAUUUGCCUACAUAGAUGUGGCCAAACGAAUCAAAUAGAGAGAGGGGGAGGAGGGAGAGACUGAGAAGGCCCAAUCCCAAAUUGUGUGUGUGUGUGCGUGUGUGUGUCUUUGUGCACUCACCGGUUGGGUUGCACGGCACUCAUAUGUAGUGUCAUGGCUGCUGUGAAUGUUAGACCACUAGACAGUGAGGUCUGCAUCCAUUUCACAUCCAGUCCUUUUGGCCAAAGCCCUCUGCGGUGCACUAUAAUACAGGUAUAUGGUGUCAUUGAAGACACAGACACGGUUAUAAACCUAGAGUACGAGCUCUAACAACGUAUAGUACUAUCUACUAAUACUGCAACAUUGUAAAACUGUCCUAAAGCAGCCAUAAGCAUUCAUUAGACUGUUAUAACCUCUGUGUCUUAGAGGAAUAGCAGAGCACACGAAGACACGCCAUACUUAUAUGAAUAUGCAACACUUUGGCCUUGACCACAGUAUUAACCUAUAUCUAAAAAUUAACAUACAUAUACUUUAUAAAUUCACUUUUCUUUAGUUUCUCCCCCGUCUUAUUUUGGCUAUCUAUGGGUGAAUAAUAAUCAAUAGUAAAAAGCAUUUUGAUGUCAAGGUCUGACUUUUCUAUUUGUACGUUUUGUAAAAGCAAAUCUGCUGUAAUACCAUUUAUAUCGAAUUCUAUUGACCAUAACAUGAUUGUGGGUGGGGCUUUCUGUUGAGAAGCUCACCUGUUUGGGCCUUCCUGAACAUGCAGGUUGAAUCGGAAGCCAUUUUGAUUGUGGCGGAAGUGUGUACUGUAUCUCUCCAUGCACCAAACAAAUACUGACACAACCCUGUGUACUCGCCUUAUAAUCCUCACCAGAGGAGACUUUAUUAAACUGAUUUCAGAACAGUGA